AUGAAGCCCGUGAAAGAUCCGGCGAUGGUGUUUCCCAUGAAGAAACUCAAGAUGCUCAUCCACACCAACACGAGCCUGAGGCGGCCCAUGAAAGCGCCGGUGAGGAACGUCUUGACGAUCUCGAACAAUGCGUACCCGACGCUCCACCGAUACCCCAGCACGGCCACCGCCAAGAAGAACAGGAAGCACGCGCCGAUCGCCACCCAGAUGGAGUAUUUAAGUUAAGUUAAGUUAAGUUAAGUUAAGUUAAGUUAAGUUAAGUUAAGUUAAGUUAAGUUAAGUUAAGUUAAGUUAAGUUAAGUUAAGUUAAGUUAAGUUAAAUUAAGUUAAGUUAAGUUAAGUUAAGUUAAGUUAAGUUAAGUUAAGUUAAGUUAAGUUAAGUUAAGUUAAGUUAAGUUAAGUUAAGUAAGUUAAGUUAAGUUAAAGUUAAGUUAAGUUAAGUUAAGUUAAGUUAAGUUAAGUUAAGUUAG